AUGGAGAGUGAGUUGGGACGGCUGCUUGCCGAUUACCGGUACUCUGCCGAGCGGCUGCGUGCAGGGCUGUUCCGAGUAGUCUUGGGCUGUGGGAGCAUUUACAACCAUGCGUCAGUUCCAAACUUGGCUUACCGCCGCGUUCGAGUGGGAAGCUGUGCGCCAUCACAAAGCUUGAGUAUCUGCUACGUUGCCAAACGCGACAUCGCUGCCGGGGAAGAGUUGUUGAUCUCUUAUGGCAAGACGUGGUGGUCCUCUCGAGGAGUCUUUGAUGCCAAGCAGAAGCCACAGCUGCUGCUGCCGCCGCCUUCAUCGCGCACUGCGAAGGACUCGGACCCUUUCCGGAAUGGCAACGCGAGGCCGAGGGCUGCGCCGCUAAGCCGCUUGCAAGUUGCCGGCGAUGCAGCGGAAGAAAAGAACAGCUUCGAAGUGCAUUCAUCGCGCACUGGGAGCAGUGCUCGCUUUGCUGGUGGCGACAAGGCGCCGGCGGACGAUAUCGUGGACUUGCGAUCUGCAGGAGGCCUAGCAUUGCUCGGUGCCGUCCUGGGCCCUGGGGUCGAUGCUAUUCACAACCAGGCGCUUCUGAGCUACGACGUGCUGCCCGUCAGUGCGGACUUGGUCGUCGGUGUUGCGCGCACUUCCCUGCUCGUGCCACCGCUUCUCGCCGUAGCAUAUGCGCUGCUUGGCAGUGUCCUGCCAUCCCUGGCUGCAUCGAUACUCGGUAGCGAGAAUGCCGGGAAUUUGCCACUGCUGCGUGGCCUGAGCCCACUGAGUCGGGCCAUUUUGGCGGUGACAUCCACCUGCCUGAUCAUUAAAGCAAGCGAGCUGCUGAUCUCUGCAGGAGUUUCUGGUGCCAUAGCUCUUCCGCUGCUGAUGCUGCUGGCAUUUUUUCAGUGGGCCGUCCUGGAUGGUCGUCUCUUUGCACUCGCUUUGGCACUUGUCGCUGCCAUUGGUGGGCCGCUUGCGGAGCUACCGUUGAUGUGGCUCGGUGCCUGGCAUUACACGGCUCCUGACUACUGGCCUUUGGCGGCCUUCGGGCUAGGCGCCACGAGCGGGGCAGCUUGGGCUGGCCUUUCCAUGACGACCGGUCCAUGUUAUUUCGCUGUGACAACGGAUGCCAUGGCCCUCGGAAGACUCUUCGCCAGCUGGCGGAGAGAACCCUAG